AUCAUAUUCCUUAUUCGAAAGCUAUACCUGUGUGAAACUGAAAACGUAACAGGUGUUGUCCUCCAAGAAGAGGAAUUUCAGGACCCUUCAUUGUUGAAUAUUGUUACUACAAGUCUUCUUGAAUAAUUGCGACUCGUUUUACUGUACUAAUUGUCAAUCUAAUACUACUGACUUAGACCACUCGAUGUUGUUUAACAUUCUUAUUAAGAAGUAGUUAUACUAGUGGUCUCUGUAGUUGGAGGAUAAGGAUAUGCGUGAAGUAGAAGCACCUCUUAUCUGAUCAUAUACGUGACGAAGCAGUACUAAAAAAAUGGUGGGUGCUCCAAUCGUUUCAACAUCGGUGACGGAUGCGGGAGGACGGCGUGUCAUUCUCCAGUUUCGAGAUGCGGAAUUGAAAGCUCGUGGGCCCGAGGUGGAUGUAGAACUCGCGACGGACGUUGGCGGGCUAGCGCAACUGCUGAACAAAAUCCUCGAGAACGAGGAGGCUGAACAGUACACCUUUGAAGUGGCUGGCAAUAGGGAUCCCAGUGGACGUAUUCCCCGAAGCUCGGCAGCAACAUCCACUGCCUCUUCGAGUCAACUAACAACUGCUUCCUCACCAUCGUCCUCUUCCGAAAGUCCGUCUGCCGCGAAGAGUGCUGACUGUCCGAACUCAGCAGCCGCUAGUGAGGGAAAGGGAGAUCAUGAACGUGAUGCGUCGGCGGCUACCGAAGCUGCUAGCCCGGUGAGCACGACUUCAGACGAGUCCUCGAAAAAGGCUCAGCCUCGGUCUGUAGGAGAGACAAAUGAUGCUCCUACACCAGCACCGUUCUCGACGACGUGCCUCGCACUCGGACCCGAGGAAAAACUGGUAGAGCUGGCGCAGAAUUCAACGCUCGCGGACGCUGUGGCAGGGCUGACAAGUGCCUAUUUCACGCAAGAGCGUGUUCUGCAGGUGACCUUCUAUCCUUUGGCGAUAUUUCGCGUGCGGCCCGUUACCAGGUGCUCAAGCUCGAUGGAAGGCCAUGCCGAAGCCGUACUUUGUUCUAGAUUUUCUCCAGACUGCAGCAUGCUUGCCACAGGAUCCGGCGACGCGACCCUUCGUUUGUGGGACAUGAACACGGAAGCUUGCGUUGCUACACUCAGAGGUACUGCAGCAUCAUCUUGUUCUCGUAGUUGGAGCUUUCCUUCUAGUAGUAGUAGUUUUUUCUUCUUGCUACUUCCUUACCCUUAGCAACACAUCUUCUUGCACUUAUUCAAUUAACACUUACAAUCGUGUACAAGAAGCAGGACUAAGAGAGAACAAAAACUUUGUCAUCUGUCAAUCCUUCCUAAAUGCCGAUUUUUUCCAGGUCACAGUCAUCAUGUUUUGACAUGCGAGUGGAGCCCGUGUGGCGCUCUUUUAGCCUCAGCGGGUAUGGAUAAGAAGGUCAUGGUCUGGUGUCCUCAUGACGGCGCUCGCAAGUUUGCUUUGACUGGCCACAGAGAACCUGUAACUUCGCUCGCGUGGCAGCCUCUGCAUUGCGUGCCAGCUAACAACGGUAUUGACUUUUUGAAGAAUGCUCGUUCAUCGAAUCGAUGAAUAGAAUCUACCACACUUCUUGUCUGACAGAAGAUGAAGGCCUUCUUAAAUGAAUAUUUCCCCCGUUCUAUAUUUCUACAGUUUCCAAGCAGCGGCCGCUGCUCGCAUCGACAUCCAAGGAUGGUGACGCUCGUGUUUGGGACACCGUAGCUGGGAACUGUGUUUACACUCUGGGUGGCCACACGGCAGCGGUUAUGCAAAUUCGCUGGUCGGGGGAGCGCCACGCUUUGGGUGGUGUUUUGUACACAGCAGGACGAGACCGCGUGAUCAAGUGCUGGAACGCAAGCAACGGUCAGUGUGUGAAAACGCUGAAAGGGCAUGCGCAUUGGAUCAACAGUCUAGCUCUCAACGUGGACUACGUACUGCGCACCGGACAUUUCGAACCAAAGAAGAUCGCGGAAAUCAAGGUUAAGCACGGCGUGGUCGCACUAAAAGAGAAGGCAAGUGCCUUGGAACUCGGGGCUGGAAGCGAAGAAAUGGCAGAAGAAGACGUGGAAAUGGCAGAAGCUGGUGACAAUGCAGCUGUCAACAAUGAAGCUAGCAUGGCGAAAACGACAGGGCAAACAAAGAAAGACGAGGUGAGCACGAUGACUGUGGCAGGCAGCAGCGCAUCCUCGGCAGUUAGCAAACUCAAUAUCGCGACAAUGAAAAAUGCGAAUCUGAGAACAUCGGUGAAGAAAAAUGUAGCGGCUGUCAAAUCCAAGGCACAGGAGCAGUCGAGGAAGCAAAAGCUUGCCGCCAAAAAUGCUUCUGCGAAAGCCCAGCAAGAAGUAAAAAAAGCGAAGGCGGUGGAUCGCAGCACGUGCGAAGAGAACAAUCCAGAACGUUUUAAGCUCGCUUUAGCACGAUACCAGGAAGCGAUAGAAACUGCUGGUGGGGAGCGACUACUUUCCGCAAGCGACGACUUCACGAUGUUUUUGUGGCGACCGCUGGAGGCGCAGACGUCAAGUUCUUCUUCCUCAUCCGAAGACGGAAGCAAAAAGAGGCUUACUGGCCACCAACAGGUCGUAUCACAGGCCAUUUUUUCACCCGAUGGCCGAUGGAUCGCGUCCGGCAGUUUCGAUCGCAGUAUCCGACUGUGGGACGGCCGAACGGGCCGCUUUGUCGCACGUUUGCUAGGACAUGUGGGAAAAGUUUUUCAAAUGGCGUGGAGUGCGGAUUCUCGCCUCCUUUUAUCUGGUUCCGCGGACUCAACUAUGAAAGUUUGGGAAGUAGCAAAGAAAAAACUGCUCAAAGACCUCCCGGGGCACGCGGAUGAGGUGUACGCAGUAGACUGGGCGCAGGAUGGGUGCAAAGCGUGCAGCGGCAGCAAAGAUCGGCUUGUCAAAAUAUGGCGCUUCUAGUUCGAGUCAUCGCCGAGAGAAUCGGAUUAGAACCACUGACUUGGUAGACGUAAAACCAUGCUGAAUGGUCUCCCUAAAACCAACAAGAACUCAUGUUACCAUUGCAAAUUAUAUUGAGAUGAUCCAU